AACUGUUACAAAAAUAUCUUUUAUUAAGGAGUUACAUGGGUUUCAUCAAGCAAAAAACGUCUAUUUUCAAUAUUCAUAUAAAAAAUUAAAUAUUUUUCUCAAACUUUUUAUUAUUCCAAAAAUUUUAUGAAAUUUUCGAAAGAAAAUAUUCAAAACUCGACCAUUACGACGUCAUUUGCGACAGUCUCUCGAAAAAAAGGUGCCUCCGUAUUGACAGCAGAACUUCUUGCAGGAUUAUCAAAAAAAAAGAUACGUGUUUUAAUUAAGACCAUAAACUAGGUAUUUGACGAAUGAAAAACAAAAAAACUGAGAAUUGUGUUUUUGGUAUACGUUUUUGCAAAAAAAAUAUUUUUUUAAAUAGUUGUAAUUGUAAAAAAAAUCCUUCGUUCAAAUAAAUUAUAUCUCAAAGACAUGUGCCAAAUUUCAUUAAGAUCGGUUGAGUAGUUCGCGAGAAAUUAUGGAAACGACACAGUUUCGAGAAAAACGUGUUCAAAGUUUUAAAUGACUAUAUAGCUGACCUCGAGCACGCAACUUUUCAAGGCAUUAUCUCCAAAACUUUUACUCGAAUCAACUUGAGUAUUUAGGACAAUAUUCUAGAGAUGUUAUAAGAUUAAGUAAUAUAUAAAAGCCAUUAAACUCAUGUAACCACUUAAUAAAAGCUACAUUAUAAACUGCUCGAAUUUUAGAGUUGAUGAUUUUCGUUAAAUUAAUAAUAUUUUUACAUUAAAUUAAAAUCACACAUACUAAUCAUCUCAUUUUCACUCGAUAAAUCGAUACUUUUAUGGCAUUUUAAUUAAGUUUCGUCAACAAAUUCCAACAUUCGUCCCACUGUACCUCAAACUUGUCUCAUUCUUGGCGGAAACCCCUAGCAACUUUGAUACUUUCGUUUGUGUUAGUGCGUCAAAAGCAUUUUUUCGUUGAGAUUUCAAUGUGCGCUUGCACGUGUGCGUGUGUGUGUCUGUAUGUGUAAAUGAAUGAAUAUGUAUGCAAAUACCUUGCACAUAUACACAAAGGCUCAUUGAUAUAUUCGUAGAUAUGUAUGUAUGUAUGUGCAUGUAUAAGAAUGUAUGUAAGCCGAGUUCUUUGGCAACUACUUUUGUGCAUAUGCAUGUACGUGUGUGUCUUAUGUAUGUGUGCAUAUCACUGCUAUUGUCAUGAUUAUUGUUGUUAUACUGUAGUUGGCAUUUUUUCAAUUUUUUCUCUUGUAUGGCUUCCUUCGUCGGUUUCCCCAUUAACCACCAUUCUUCUUGCUCGCUUGUUCAUUUCGGUUUCUUAUGACUUUGCUUUCAUUUUAUGCAACCACUGAGGGUGGCUGCCACAACUCCCACCACCUGACCGCUCAAACGCCCGACCGACCGCCCGUCUGCCCGCCAGUCCGCUUGCUCGCUCAUACAUUUCUUUGCCCUUAUUACAAUUUUUCUCUACGUUUGCAUGCUCACAUUGCCUGCCGAUGUUGUUGUUACUGUUGUUGCCUUUGCCUUCUCAAUUUUUAUUUUCUGUGCAGAAUUUUUUAAAAAAGUCGUUGUUGUUUGGUUUUCUUUUUUUUUCGCUUUUUUUCCGUUGCCCGUUGUUUUUUAAUCUUAACUCAGAAUAGCAAUGAUUGGGGGAGGUAAGGGGUGUUGCGGUCUUAUGUCUGAGUGAAAUGAAAAUAUAGUUCCGUUUGUGUCGUGUGUCCAAGAAAUAAUGUAUAGAACAGUGUGGACGGGCGGGCGGUGGACGAACGCGCGCUUGGAGAAAGAAAAACUCUAUUGAACAAAAAAAGUAAAUUAAAUGCGAGAAAGAAAAAAUAGCAACAACAAAAACAAUAACAGCUGCAGCAACUACAAGACAGUGUAAAAAAAUGCUGUAAAAAACAAUUGGUGAACGCGUUUAAUGUUUUGCAAGUAUCAUAUAAAACUAACUAUACGCUGGCAAAUGUACUAUGCAUGGGUAUGUGUGCGCGUGUAGGUGUGUUGGUGCAUUGUUGUUGUAGUCCCGUGUAUGAGUAUUAUGUCCAGGUUCACGAUUUCAGUUAGUUUUCCACCCUCACCGAUUAACUGUAAAUGCAUGCACAUACACGCACUCACACAUUUAUAAGCUUUUACACCCACAUACAUACACAUAUAUAUAUUUAUAUAGCACUGCUGGUCCCAUAUUUCACUUGGGCGCUGCUUGAAUGAAGACCUUGAGUCAGUGAAAUUUAAUUGUACAUAUUAUGAAUUGGAAACUUAUGUAAUUCAGUGAAGUCAUAAUGAAUUGUGGCGAAAAUCUCCAAAAAUUCCGUUCGAUGCAAAUGAAGCGUUCGCUUUGAUUAAUUACUCAUUAUAUUAUAUACAAAGCAAGCAGUCAUAUGUAUUUGUGUCAUUACCGCUAUUAGUUUGUCUUAAUAUGAAACUGCGUGUGUUAAUUACUUACAUAUGUUUUAUAUACAGGUGCACACAUACACAUACUUAUAUAUAUAUAUUCAUAUAUAUAUAUAUGAAUGUACAUAUGUAAACGCUUUGUUGUUGUUUUUUUUCUUUUUUUUUAUAGUUAGCAACCAUUGAUUCGCUCCACUGUGCUAUCAUCCUUCCACUUCCGAUACGUAGAUGGUCAGACACAUUGGCAGACCUGUGUAAAUGAAAGCAAGAUGGAAGCGAGCGAGCGACCAGCGCCAGAGCCAGUGCCAGCGCUAGAGCCCGGUCGGCAAAGCGACAACUUGUGUCAUUUGUGUUUUUGUUUCAAUUUUUUUCUGUCUUCUCUUUCGUCUCUUUGACUCUCACCGCUGUCGUAGAUUUCGCCCAUGUUUCGUAAACUUGCCUUUUUCUUUAUACUCAUUUUUUUACAAAACUUUUUUAUGUAUUAAAUGAGCGAGUAUAUGAGCCGUUUUUUUCCCGACUUUUUUCCACUGGGCGCUGCUGUGCAUUGUAUGGUUUGAGGAUAUACGGGUUGCUUGCUGACUAGUUGCAGUCUCAUGGCCUAUUGGGUGUUUAAAUGAAUCGCCAGUAUACUAUUUUUUUCUGUCAGUUUUCUCAUUUAGCUGCUGCUGCCUUUUUUGUUUUUAAAGAUGAAGUUUCGUUUCGUUCUUUGUGUUUUUUUUUAUGCGCCUUCACCUCUGUCGUCUUGCGAAGUCCGAGUGUACGUGUAUUUCGUAUACACAACUUCAAGUUGUCCGAAAGCUUUUUUUUCCAAUUGUGUAUUAAGAAAUUCGGUCCAUCUUCCAAGACAGCAGAUUCUCGAAAAUUUAGUGAGAACAAAAUUUCUGGAGAUUUAACGCUGACUAUAUGUCCAUUUAUAAUUGCAGAGAUUAUAUUUGCCAAUAUAAUACCUUGAUCCGGUUGUACUUGAGUUUUUUCCGCUAACAAUAAUGACACCUCGGUUGAUAACGGAAAAGCUAGAAAUGGUUUUCGAACUUUUUAGGCAAAGCUUUUUGGGGAACCUUUUUUUGUUCGAUUCAAUCACAGGUCAAUUGUAUCCGACAUUUUGGUUUAUGUUUUGUUCAGAUCUGAACAUAUUUUAUUCGGAUUGCUGCUAUGAAACCUCCAAAAACGUUUUUCAAAAGCAGGUCCACCAGUUUUUCAACUAAGCUAGAGAUUACAAUUUGUUCUAUUACCUAUUUUUCGAUCAAGUAAAAUUCGAAAAUUUUUGCCAAGUUUUAGGUUAUGUAUGAAAAUUUUUGGUAUUCGCUGUGGAAAUAUCAAAGAAAUAUUAACAUCGCUUUUGGUCGCUUUAUACCGAUCUUCUAAUAAGGGUUUCUUACACCGCAUAUAUUUCAUUAACUACUUACUAAUGUAAAUCUUUUCAGAUUUUUUUUUCAAAUAUCUUGGAUAUGUUCAAAAAUAUUGAACAUAAAUGGUGAAAAUAAUAAGAAUUCAGUCUUUAGGUUCGAGGUUAUAAUAAAACUUCGGAAAGAAAAUCUGUAUCGAACUUAAAAAUAAAGCUUAUUAUUUGCGUCUUUUGCAGUCAGCAGUAUAAUAUUCAGAAAUUUUUAGGUUUUGUCGAAAUUUUUUGAGUAUUGCUUUCAGAAAUUUAGAAAUAUUUAAGUGGCUUUUUGAGGUCUACCUACCGAAGUCGAAAUCACAUUAUAAACUUUGCGUUAAAAUUUUUCGUUUUUGUUUUAUUUUGCAAUUUCCGGGUUAUGUUGAAAAGUGUUGAGUAUCGAUUGUAGAAACUUUAAAAUAAUACUUUAUCGCUUGUGUGAACUUAAUACCGAAUUAAAGCUUAUUUCUAAAUCUUUUACCAACCAAAGCUUCCAGUUUAGUUUUAGGUUAUGUUAUAUACUUUCGAGUAUCAGUUAUUUGUAUAUGGUAAAUAUUGAAAAUUCACAAUAUUGCUUGUAUUCUCCUGCAUAUAGGUCCUCACAAUAUUAUAACCGUUAUAGUCCGUAGAAUAAUUGAGUUGCCGCUCAACAAAUGCGGUUAUACGUCAAUACAUGGACUUGUUGGUAUAGAAAGAAAUUAGCCCACCAGAACCUGUUCGGUGCUGCCCUUUCCCAUAUUCAUUUGCUGGUUUGCAUACGAACAACCUAACAAACAGACACACCAAUCUACGCUUAUUUAUGUGCAUUUGUUUGUAUGUCAGUUAGUACAUAACGAUUGCUGUUUUUUAUACGCCGCGCACUUCGCCUAAGAAGUGAUUCUUGGCUGCAAACCUUUUGCAGAUAUAAUUCUUUAUUUUUCCCCACUGUACACAAUUUUUUCCGUUUUGUUCUGUUUAUAUGUACUUCGAUUUUUUCUUUUACUUUCUUGUCUAUGUAUGUGUGUAUAAGUUCCUGAGUGUAUAAGCUUGUGUAUAUGUAUAUAUAUAUGUGUGUGUAUGGAUUUUUUUCCAAUUUUUUCGCUCUCACCACUACUUCAGACUUCACCGCCGCCGCUGCCACCAUCAUCAACAGCAACGUUAUUUCAUGCCGUUCCUUAGCUGGCUGGCUGGCUCGAUGGCUUACUGGCUGCCUGGGCGCUAAUCGUCAUCGUCUUCUGGCAUCAUCUUUUAUUUGUAAUUUGUUCAUCAUCGGCGUCGUCGCAGUUGUCGUUUAUCGUUGGUUGCACGCUUGCCAGGUCGCUGGUAGGCUGGUUGAUGUGUCGGUCGUAAUGACUGAAAUCGUGCGAUUGUCGGCAAUGACAGAGUUUCGUAAAUCGGUCCAUAUCGGGUUAUAUAUAGUAUAUUAACGCUAACAGUACCACAAAUUUUGUUUGAUAUCAUGUAAACAUUAUCCAACACACGCUAAAUAGUUGCACCAAAAUGAUGGAUUCACGUUAUCGUAUGACUUCCGAACGCAAUUAAUGAAAGUCUCAAACUUUUGCUGCUAAUCUGUGGAUCACCGUUAAGACAAUGUGUAUUUAAACCGCCUACUAUUAAAUACUUGCAUACGUAACGUCAUACGCGUUGGACGGACCGUCACGAUAAAGUGCGUUAUUGUAGUGUUGAUCAAGCACCAGUGAGCUUUGGUACGUUCGCACGGUGUUAAUACCAAAUCACAACCAUAAUUGAUUUUCAUAUUUUCCAUAUAAAAACAAAAUUAUCAAAACAAACCGCUGACCGAUUGUGUGUAUUACGAAAAUCAGGAUCUAGUGCGUCGCGUUAAGUACGCGUAUAUCAUCACGUCUAAGCUGGUUAUUGCAACUAAGGGCACAAGAAGAAGUACAAGAAGGUUUAUUACGUACAGCCGAACAGCUGAAAAUUAAAGGACUUUGUGAGACGGCCGAAAACACAGACGAUCUGAACGACUCAGCUACAGCUACAAUCACAGUGUCGGAGAAUAUACAACAAGCCGUUGUUGGAAAUAUCGUUAAUGCUACAGUAGCAACGGGUCAACUCUCACCCAAUAUACCACAUCAAUCGCAACAGCAGCAACAACAGAUCGCUACUAAUACAGCGGUGCUCACGCAUAAUAUUGGCAACGUGACCACUGCUAAUACACAACAAAUUGGUUCAGCCACUACGAAUGUCGCCGGACAGUUAGUUAGUGCAGGCACAUCGGUACAACAUCAACAGAUUGGACGUAAAUCUCGUGUACGUAAGCGUUCAAAAUCUCCAGAUAUACAACAACAAGUACAGAGUACACAACAACCACAAACAAUUUUAAUACAAAAUCAAAAUCAGGCCGCUAUCGUUAGUUUACAACAGACGUCGUCUGGUAAUUAUAUACCGGUAUCCGGUGUACAAACGGUAAGCACUAGCGGUGGUGGGCAACAACAGACGGUAAUCACCGGUGACGAUUCGGAUACGGAUAGGCCGUCGAAGAUCUGUAAGACAGAAACAGCGUCAGCGUCACCUGCGUCCAGCGCAUCUGGUGUAUCGGGCACGAAUAAUGCUGGAAGCGUAACGACUGUUGCAGCACCAGGCACAGCGAUUGUUACACAGAUUGUAGUAGCACGAGACGGCAAAGAUAAAAAUAUGACUAGUUUAGGAAUGGGAAUGAAUGGCGGAAUUCUUGGAGUGCCAAUGGGCUUUUUAGAUUUUGCACCAGAACCACCAGCACCCUCAGCCACACCUGUAACAGUAACGGAGCAUGUCGAUUUAUCAUGUAAUCCAAAUACCGACACUCGAGAUUUAUCAAACCCCACCGAAGCACUGGACAUCGACAAUCAUUUAGCCCAACACAUGAUUCAACGGCUUGAUCAAUCUCCGAUGCAUGCUAUUCAUCAUCAGACAGGCGAUGAAAGCAAUUCGAAUUUAGUUCAGCAUAUUAAGAGUGAGGUUAUUGAUGCGAAACAGCAACAACAAGUACAGCAACAGCAACAUCAUCAACAGCAACAACAUCAAUUGCAUGCUCAACAACUCUCACAAAAUCAAGCACAGCAACAGCAACACCAACAGCAUCAAGUACAUCAACAACAAACAGCACACUCACAUUCAACACAUGUCCAACAACAAGCACAAUCACAUCAGGACCUAACCGGAGCAACAGUAAUGGAAAUCGAUCCAAGCCAAAUAAAACAUGAACCCGGAAUGAUCAUAACACCGGAAAUCGUUAAUAUGAUGACAACUGGGCAUAUGGAUAUGUAUAAUUCUGAUACAAGUGAAGAUUCAAUGAUGAUAGCAAAUGGCUCACCAAACGAUCAAACUGAGCCACAUUAUACUAAUUUGGACCAACAACACGUGGAUGGUAAAGGUCAGUUUAAUGGUCCCAAAACUUGGACUCAAGAUGAUAUGAAUUCAGCUUUAGAUGCAUUGAAGAAUCAAAAUAUGAGUCUUACAAAAGCAUCAGUUACAUAUGGUAUACCAUCAACAACAUUAUGGCAACGUGCCCAUCGUAUGGGCAUCGAAACGCCAAAGAAGGAGGGUGGUACGAAAUCAUGGAAUGAAGAUUCUUUAAAUAAUGCUUUAGAAGCCCUACGUUCUGGGCAAAUAUCAGCAAAUAAAGCGUCCAAAGCCUUUGGUAUACCAUCCUCGACAUUAUAUAAAAUUGCGCGACGCGAAGGUAUACGCUUGGCGGCACCCUUUAAUGCGGCACCCACAACGUGGACACCGGAAGAUUUAGAGCGUGCUUUAGAAGCAAUACGAGCUGGUCAUACGUCCGUACAAAAGGCCAGCGCUGAAUUUGGCAUACCAACGGGCACCCUAUACGGUCGUUGCAAGCGUGAAGGUAUUGAGUUAUCACGCUCGAAUCCAACACCAUGGUCGGAAGACGCAAUGAACGAAGCUUUGAAUUCGGUUCGCAUCGGUCAGAUGUCUAUUAAUCAGGCCGCAAUUCACUAUAACCUUCCCUAUAGCUCUUUGUAUGGUCGCUUUAAGCGUGGAAAGUAUGACGUUACUAAUACCAGUAGCACCUCCAUUAAUAAUGCAUCAGGAAACACUUCGGGAAGCAUCGAAAUUAUCGAACAUAGUCAAGAAAACUCGUUACAUAUGUUUCAGCAACAGUUCCAGUAUAGUCCGUCUCCACAUCAACAACCUCAACAUGGCGGUCAAACUCAGUCGCAGACACCUCAACAUUUAACCCAACAUGUUGUACACAUUCAGCAACCACAGACUCAUCAUCAGCAACAACAAGUACAUGCUCAACAACAGCAACAUAUCCAGCAGCAGCAAGAUGUUGUAACAUCCAGCAGCCAGGUGGCACAUAGCAGUGCAGCUGCUGGGCAGCAACAACAGCAGCAAAUUCAACAGAUCUAUCAUCAUCACAGCACGCCGGAAAGAAGUUGAGAAUCACUGCAACAAGCAGCUAGCAACAGCAACUCAACAACAACUAACAGCAGCAACAAUAAGCGGAAGAAAAACUCGAAAGGUAAACGUUGAGAGUGGCGACACACCAGUGAUGUGUUUUUGCGUAUGAAGGUUCGCAAUAAGAAAGUGAAACAACAACAACAACACCAAGAAAUACGAAGGAAUAAACAAGUUACUAAAAGAAAUUUAAAUGCGAACAGGGCAAAAGGAGAACGUCAAAAAUUUCAAUUAAAAUUAUUUGCGGGCAUUUAAGCAUUGAAUUUGUUUGACAAACACUUCGUUUUAAACCGAAUUAAAAUAUAUGACGAAAAUCGAUGGGGCUUUUUUGGAGAACGAUGAAUGAUGCACAUACAUAAUAAUGAUAAAUGAUUUGAAUUAGUAACUAAUAGUGAAAGCGUUAAACAUAACAAAUACUUUCCUAUAACUAAACAGAUGACCGAAGGAGUGCUGUCUGCCACUCCUUUAAGGGAAAAGUUUUAGUAAUACACAAAAAAAAAAAAGAAAAAAGAAAAAAAAAAUGGGGGUGUACAAUGAAUUGAGGGAGUAUAAUAGUAUUCACGAAUGCCAAGUGAUUGUCCACGGGUUUGACCACAAAAACGAAAUAAAGUUUUAUUAAUUAACUGAUGUUGAAUAUAUCCUUCUAAAAAUCAAAUGGCCUAUCCUUUUGCAUAAAUAGAAGAAAACGGAUUUGAAAAAUGAAUUGUAUUUUUGAUAAUUGAAUAGUAGCAAAACAAUAUUGAAUAAAUAUAUAAUAUUAUAUAUAGUAGAUGAUGCACUUUUCGGACAAAUAACGUACGAAGAAGAGUCAAAGUUAAAAUUUUUUGGAGUCGUGACAAAAUUAUAAAUAAGUUCUUUCACCACUAGAUUUAGUGCUAAAAAAUAGUUUUUAUCUUAAUAUAAAAUUUACGGUUUUGUCAAUCAAAACUAGUAAUAAAUAAAUAAAAGUAGGUUUAAAUGUAUCACAUUUACCGAAGUGAAUUAAAAAAUACACAUAUAAUUGAAAUAGAAUUAUUCAAAUGGUUUGAGUUGAUCUUUUGGCUUUUCGUUGAAUAAUAUUAUGUAUGCGAUAUACUUACAUAUGUAUGUAGAUGCCUAAAAUAAUGUUGAUAAUUUUUCUUGUAACUAAUAGAUAAGUUUUCUUUUGUUCCAAACAACAACAAAAAAAUGAAACAUUCAUUGAACAGAAAUUUGAUAUUUUUAAUUUCAAAAUCUAUAUCACAUGCAUAAAAACAAAACACACACACUCACACACCGAAAAAAAAAUAAAAGAUCUUUUUAAUGAAUUGCUAAUGCAAGGAUGAAAUAUCAAAAUUUUUAAUUUAUAUAUGUAUAUAAAAUAUAUAUAUACAUACAUACAUAGUUAAAUGCAAAUACAAAGUAUACAGAAAAUAUUAAAUAAUCACGACACAUCAUGCUAUAUAAUAAAUCAUUAUAAAUUUAAACAUUAAUAUUAAAAAAAGAGAAACAUCAUCAAACAGAAAUUUGUUGCUGCUGCUUUGAAAUAUUGAAUAGUAAGAAUACAUCCUUGUGGUAAGAAAAGUCCACGAUGAUAAUCUAAUGUUAAACAGACUAAAAUCAUAAAAUAAAACAAAAAUUAAAUGUA